CAUAGAUGCUCUUGAAGGAGUGGACAUCGGUGAGGUGGCUGCCACAUAAGCCAUGUUCUUCAAAGUAUUCGAUCCAAUCGAAUUCAGAAUCAGCAGCAAAGACGCUGGUUGAUGACAAUUAGAGCGCGAAAGCUCCCCGAGCUGUCGUUUAUGGCCAUGUUGGACUCUAGGAUUGAUCAUCAAUGAAAGAAAAGCACUUAUAUGGCCAGUGUAGCCCGGGAUGCCUUGAUGAUUUCCGAUGAAACCGAGGCUCGCGGUUCGUUGUCAUUCCCUCCUGUAAUGAUUGUCGAACAUAAAUCAUACCAGUGGUGCCAACUGGACCUACCCGGACCUUCCAUCUCCACCGAUACCGUUUGCAGCGUUAGUUUUUCGUAUUUCUAUUUGUCUAUUCAGGUCUAG